GUUCUAGGAACAAGUUGAUCUACAAUUGAGUAAAAAAGAAUUGAUUGUCCGAUCAAUUGAUUUAAAAGAUCAUUAACUUGCCUCAUUAUGAGCCUCAGUGUUCUAAUCAAUCAUUAAUGUUAAAAUCUAUGGAAUCGAGUGAAAAGUUAAUCAAUAGAUUCCAAGGAAAAUCUCUUCAAUAAUUGUAACUGUUAAUUGUCAUUUAUGCCUUGAAUGCCUCGUAAUUAUCCACAUAUUGGUAAUAAUAAUAAUAAUACUAAAACACAAUCGUCUAAUAAUUUAGAUAAAUUGUCCCACCGUUCAGAUGAAUCGACUAGAUUGUUAAACUCUUCCGCUCUCUCAUCAAGAUCUUCAUCAUCUCAUCAGCGGAUUAAGGAAAUCCCACCUCAUCGAUUACGAGAUAAUCUUCAUUGGCGCUGUUCGACCUGUAACACAUUAGUAGCGACAAGUGAAACUGGUGCUCAUCUGAUUGGUUGUUUACUCGAACUGGUUGGAACUUAUAUCGAUUCAGAAUUGAAGGUUGAUUCUGUUGACUCUAAUUCUGUUUAUUCAUUUCAAACUGAUCAUCAAAUCAUGAAUUCAACGACUAAUGUUCAACGUCGGUCAAGUGAUCGACCGAGAACCAAAAAACUAGAAAGACCAACACCCAAUAUAAUACAUCCUGUAAUCAAUGAGAAAACAAUUGAAGUUGAAGAUGAAGAUAAUAUUAGUGCCAAUGUGAGUUCGUGUUUGUGUCGAAAGUUAAUCAAUUCUGGUUCGAUUAAAAGUAUUCCUGAAAAUGGUACAACUCAAAUUGAAACAUCAAAACGAAUUACUAAUCAUCGAAACAUCAACAAAGGAUCUAAUCGUAGUGUCUCUGGAUGGUCUGGAGGUGGUAAAGUUUAUCCACCACAACCUCCUCCUCCUCUUGUAACACCAUCAACGGCAUCAACAUGUCGAUCUGAAACCAUUAAGAAAGUUUGUAAUUCGUGUGAUUGGUCAUCAGCACCCGAAAGACUUCACAGUCAUCAUGGAAAAUCAUCAUCACAUCAUCAUCUCCAUCACUCUCAUAACAACUCUCGUGUCAAUAUAUCACCCACAAAGGAUAAGAGUUUAAUCCAGAAACAAACGAUAGACAAAUGUUCAAAAUCGCCAUCGGUCAAGUCUUCACCAAGAACAUCCUCCAAAUCGGACAUAAACAAUAACAACAGUAAUCAAGUGAUUCUUGAAAACGAUGGUAAACAUGAAUCAACUUCCUCUGAUUUCGAUCAACAUCCUAAAGAAGAUGAGGAUGAUAAAGAUGAUGAAAAUGGACGAAAUAAGAGUAACCGCUUGAAAGAUCUUGACCUAAUCGAACCAACUGACCAGGGUAACUAUUCAUCUCUUCAAAUGAAAUGUUACCUUUGUCGUCAAGACUUUCCAACUGAUGACAUCGAAAUCCAUGAGAUUGAAUGUUUCGAGAAAUGGAAACAUGAUAAUUCAGUUCUACCUCCAAAUCAGCGGAUUCCAAUGGCCUCAACUCACGGCGGUGGAGGAAGUGAUCAUCGAGCGUCGUUUUCAUCGAUAACGGGAUGUGAUCCUGCAGGGUGGGAACACUUUAAAUCGCAGCUUACACCCUGCCCAAAGUGUAGUCGAACCUUUUUCCCGCAUAGACUUGCCGCUCAUGAGAAGGCCUGUCUUGGUCCUCAAUUAGGAAAACGACCAAAGAAUACUGGUCAAGCUCGUAACAAUGUUCACCCUGUUCCGGCUAAGGUUCAACUCAAUCAAUAUCCAAAAUGUACCAAAAAAUCUGGACCAGGUCACCUAAGAGCUGGCCAGUUCACUUAUAACAAGCACUCAUAAACUUAAUCCACAAUUAAAUUAAAUUAUUUCCAACAACAA